UCCAAGUGUCCACACGCCCAGAACCGCCGCCACCCGCCGUCGUACGCCAGCUACAGCAACUCCCGUCCCGUCGCGCUUUCUCCAGGCCGCGCCGACGUUCGCCGCCCGCCGCGCGUUCUCCAAUCUCCAGCAACGCCGACCUUGUUCGGCUGUUCACCUGGCCACGCGGACCAACACCACGCCUCCCCAGCCCGCUCUGGAUGAUGAUGGGGCUCUCAGAAGGGGAGAAGCACUUCAUCCACGGUGGCAUUGCACAAGACAUUCGCACUGAUGGGCGUAGGCGACUGCAAUUCCGGGCCCUUUCUGUCCAGACUGGAGUCAUCCCACAGGCGAAUGGCUCAGCGCGUGUUAGAUUGGGGGUCACCGAAAUAAUUGCUAGUGUCAAGGCUGAACUGGGAAAACCAAGCAUUCUUCAUCCUGACAAAGGAAAAGUUUCAAUUUUUGUUGACUGUAGUCCAACAGCUGAGCCUAUGUUUGAGGGUAGAGGUUCUGAGGAAUUGUCCGCUGAGCUCUCUGCUGCCCUGCAAAGAUGCUUGCUAGGUGGUAAAAGUGGUGCAGGUGCUGCAAUUGAUCUGUCGUCCCUAAUUGUUGUUGAGGGAAAGGUCUGUUGGGAUCUGUACAUUGAUGGGCUUGUGGUCAGUUCUGAUGGGAAUUUGCUAGAUGCGCUAGCUGCUGCAAUAAAGGUUGCUCUGAGUGAUACUGGUAUCCCAAAAGUUAAUGUUUCUGUUAGUGCUGCAUCAGAAGAGGAGCCCGAGGUCAAUGUAAGCGAUGAGGAAUUUCUGCAGUUCGACACCUCCGGUGUGCCUGUUAUAAUUACAUUAACCAAGGUGGGUCGGCACUACAUUGUUGACGCCACCUCAGAGGAAGAAUCCCAGACGAGUUCUGCAGUGUCGGUGUCCGUCAACAGGCACGGCCAAAUAUGCGGGCUUAGCAAGAGGGGAGGUGCAGGGCUGGACCCAAGCGUCAUUUUGGAUAUGCUAUCUGUCGCCAAGCAUGUGAGCCAGCAGUUCAUCUCUCUCUUGGAUUCAGAGAUAGCUGCCGCCGAAGCUGAAGUGGAAGAGUAAAGAAACAAAAAAGAGCGGGCAGAUGUGGCGCCGUCUAAUUGCGAAGUACUAUUCAUGUAGGAGUACUCGCUUUGGAUCUAAGUAUGAGUUCAUUUGAACUUGUUGACGUCGUCCACUAAAAUGAUGGGAGCGAACACGGGCACUGCAGAAGCUGACGAUUUGUCCGGCCCACUUUCUCCAGUUUACUGGUCUACUGGUGUUGCUUCUCAUGAAACGAACAUACACAGUCGGGGGUUACUGCAUUAUUAAUCUCUGGUGAAUUCCCGACGCGGGGAUUUAGUCUAAAACUGAUGUAAGAAUUAAUUGACGGCAUAGGGAUUUUGAGGAUGGAAUGUGCACAUUUGGAACACAGACACAUGUUGCACAUCAGUCCAAUUUGGUGGAAGAAACAUUGAAUCAAUAGACGCUAAGAGCAUGCCGACAGUUUAUCAAUUCCACCCCUCGUCCUCAUAAAACUGCCGCAUUGACAGAGAUGCCUCACCUUUUCUUCUCCAGCAGUCCCUCGAUAACUGGAAUGAGAUCAUCCCUCAUCUUAGCCCACCUAGGUCCUGCC